AUGGGCUCCGGGCCGCGCGGGGCGCUGAGCCUACUGCUCUUGCUGCUGGCGCCGCCACGCCGCCCGGCCGCGGGCUGCCCCGCGCCAUGCAGCUGCGCCGGGACGCUCGUGGACUGCGGGCGCCGCGGGCUGACGUGGGCCUCGCUGCCGGCCGACUUCCCUCCGGACACGACCGAACUGGUGCUGACGGGCAACAACCUGACGGCGCUGCCGCCGGGGCUGCUGGACGCGCUGCCCGCACUGCGCGCCGCGCACCUGGCCGCCAACCCCUGGCGCUGCGACUGCCGUCUGCUGCCGCUCCGCGCCUGGCUGGCCGGCCGCCCCGAGCGCGCGCCCUACCGCGACCUGCGAUGCGCCGCGCCCCCCGCGCUGCGCGGCCGCCUGCUGCCCUACCUGGCGGAGGACGAGCUGCGCGCCGCCUGCGCGCCCGGCCCGCUCUGCCGGUGGGCGCUGGCGGCGCAGCUCGCGCUGCUCGUCCUCGGGCUGCUGCACGCGCUGCUGCUGGUGCUGCUGCUGUGCCGCCUGCGGAGGCUGCGCUCGCGCGCCCGCGCCCGCGCCGCACACCGGCUGUCGCUGACCUCCCCGCUGGUGGCCGAGCCGGCCGGAGACGGCUUGUCCUGA